AUGGAGGAGAGAGACACACUUAGAAAAGAAUACGACAAACUUAAGGCCUCCAAUAAAAGAGCAGACGAUGAUGAGAAUGCUUCAGCUAUUUUGCAGUUUGGGACUAAAAACCCAUGGUCCAUGCUACAAGAAAUGAAAGAAGAAUUAGAUCAUGAGAAAAAUUUGAACGCUAAUCUUAGGUUACAAUUGCAGAAGACACAAGAAUCAAACUCUGAGUUGAUAUUUGCUGUCAGAGAUCUUGAGGAACUGCUGGACCAAAAAAAGAGCGAAAUAUGCUAUAAUCAGGAUUCCCAAGGAACAGAAUGCCAAAAGCAAUUGUCACAUUUGAGAAAUUCGGAAGAUAAGCAAGAAUUACUUGAGACAACUUCAGACAAUGAGGAAGAACAAUGUGAAUUGGAUAUACUAGUUAAGGAACAUGAUAAUAUCAAAGUAGCAUAUUCACAAGAGCAAAGAAUUUUAGACCUGACCAGUGAACUAGAAUUGUAUAAAAAAGAUCGUGAGGACCUAGAAAUGCAACUGGAACAGCUUGCACUGGAUUAUGAGAUUCUGAAACAAGAAAACCAUGAUAUCUCUUCAAGACUGGAGCAAAUCCAGCUACGAGAACAGCUAAGAAUGCAGUAUGAGUGUUCAGCACAUUUAUCCAUCAUCAAUGAUCUUGAAUCCCAUGUUGAGAAUCUGGAAAAAGAACUUGAGAAACAAUCUGAGGAAUAUGAAGCUAAUCUAGCAAAUCUGGUAAGGGGCAAAGUUGAGGAAGAGCAAAGGGCCAUACAGGCAGAGGAAGAACUGAGAAAGACGAGGUGGAAAAAUGCCAACACUGUUGAGCAGCUUCAGGGAGAAUUUAAAAGGCUUUCUUCUCAAAUAUCGACCACAUUUUGUGCAAAUGAAGAUUUGGUAAUGAAGACGCUAGAUGAAUCUAGAGCAUUACGUAUGGAGAAAUGCCAUAUGGAGGCAUUGUUAGAGGAAAAAAAUGAGGAACUUUCAUCAUUGCAGCUCCAACACCGAGUAAACUGUCAACAGCUGCUUAGCCUUGUAGAUUUCAAAACAAAAGAAGUAGAUAGACUAGUAUUAGAACUUAAAGAUAAAAGGGAGGAGCUUGAUAAGCAAAAGCAAUCUGAGGAAGCAACGCAAAAGGCCACCAGAGAAGAAAUGUCUAUUCUUAAAGCAGAGAUGGAACAGCUCUCAAGAGAGAAACAUUAUCUUUCUGAACAAAUAGACCAGAAGGAAAAGCAGGUAGCUGAGGUGACAAAACUAAGGACAUCCACUAAAGAAGUUGAACUGCAGUUACAAGAAAGAAACUUGGAGAGGGAUGUGCUUGAGAAAGAACUUUCUCUGCUAAGGGAGGAAGCAGCAAACUUAUUGGAGGAGUUAAAUGCUUUGAGGCAUUUGAAGGAUGAACAAGAAGUCACAAUGAAGGCCUUAAACUUGAAGGUACAAACCCUAAUGACACAAAAUACUGAUUUAAAGAUUGGCUUCUCUGAUGAUGAGUUAGAAAAAGAGAACCUGAGGGAGCUAAUCUUUCUACUAAGAGGAGAUCUUAGUAAGGAAGUUGACGUAAUUGCAACUAUAGAGAAAAGGUUCAAGGGAAAAAAUGUAAGAGGAAUGGUCGCAGAAGGAACCCCAAUGAUAUACAAGAGUAGAGGCUCUUUCCAAGCAGCUCAUCGCUCCUUACACGAGAAUUCUGAACCUUUUGAUGUAAGCUUCUCCUCCUCCCAGAUUAGACAUGUUCAACUCUUUAUUUUUCUUCAGGUUUUAGAUACUGGUGCUUUAACAAAGCCAUGA